AUGACUGAAGUUCAUUCAAGUAACAUAUGCAUUUCUCUACAACCGUGCAUGGAUUCCGUGCCGGAAGACAAUGGGGGAUUGGUCAUAGACUCUGCAUUUAACGUCGACAAGAUCCUACGAGAGUUGGUUCAUCCCAGCGGGCUUUGGCAAUGGGGCAUUGUUCUCCUUCUUAUGUUCAGUUGCACUUCCGUAAUGACAUUCCCCGUUUACGCAAAUUCAAGUCCUCCACAUCGCUGUCGAAUGGAAUCAAGUGUGGAACUAUUCAUACGAGAACGAAACCUGUCUUUUGAGGAGGUUUCGUCUGGUAUAGGGCCUUGGAAUCUGGAUCCACCUUAUACCUCAGAGGGAGGGCGAGGAUGCUUUCGUUAUAAACUGAACUGGACUACAAUUGAUUUAGAGAAGGUGUUUCAGCCAAGACAUAAUGAAACACUGACGAAAGAAUUAGAACCAUGUGUGCUUGGGUACGUUCAGGAAGAAAAUCCCCACUACUAUCCAGGAAAUGUGGUAAUCGAAUUCGAAACAUUUUGCGACCGCGCGUGGCUCGUUCCCCUGGGGACUUCGUUAUACAUGUGCGGGGCGGCUGCUGGAAGUCUGCUAGCUGGAUGGUGGGCAGGGCGGUAUGGUAGAAAAUUCGCAUUGCUCUUACUUUCCCUGAUUGAAGUUAUUAGCGGCAUUUGGUCGUCAUGUGCAAGAGAUUACACUAGCUACGUGCUAUCUCGAUUUAUUAUCAACCUUGGAAGCACGGGCAAAGCAAAUAUUGCAGGCGUUCUACUGCUGGAACUGACUUUAGCUCAGUACAGGUCCACAUUUCGCGCUAUGCUAUCACUUGGAAUCGCCUUCAUGUAUCGGGCCCUCAUGGCCUUGUGUGCCUUCUAUAUCCCAAACUGGAGGUGGCUCAACAUUGCUGUCGUAAGCCCAGGAUUAUUGAGCAUAUUAUACUUCUUCCUUCUUCCUGAGUCCCCAAGAUGGUUGUUUUCCCAAAAGCGGUACAAAGAUGGCAUGAAAGUGUUGUACACCGCCUAUCGUGUGAAUCACUUUAAAAGAAAUAAGGAUAAUUGGCAAAAACUGCAGCAACUCAUGGUUUGGGCUGAGAUGACAGAUAAACCGGUCAUGGAAGCGAAGGCAAAUGGCGAGCUUCGGGACACGCGACUCACGCGUCGCUUGUGUAGCUGCUCCACGCUCAACUCCAUCACCAGUCGACAUCUGGUCAAAGAAACCAUCUUGGGAACUAUGAUUCUGACUUGCAUUACAAUGUGUCUUCCUGGCUUACUGUUCUACGCUAGAGCGGUGCGACAUUACGUUUAUGCAGUGGGCUUCUUUAACGCUGCUACCGCUAUUCCCGGUCUGAUGGUAUUUUUUCUUUUCUAUAGAUUUAUUCGAUCACGAAGGUGUCCAUUUUUAUCACUUAUGUGCAUGACAGCUGUUGUGCUUGCCGUAGGCUCUGUAUACACUAUGAGUUGGUACCAAUCCUCAGAGGUGGUGCUGAUUGUGUGCUCUAACAUCGGGCUACUUCUUUUACAAGCGACCGCGAAUAUGUGCCUACUGUAUAUCCCGGAAUUGUACCCAUCCGACUUACGAUCCCAAGGAUUCGGACUAAUUCUGUGUGUAUCAAAAAUCGGCGGUAUUAUAUGCAGUUUUGUGAACACAGCUGGUGAAAACCUGUGGCAUGGAUUCCCAGUUCUCAUCUACUCUGUGGUAAUGCUGCUAGCAGUGUUCUCCACUAUGUUCCUUCGAGACACAAGCGGAGAGAAUCUUCCGGAUAAUUAG